UUAAUUAAGGACAAGCGUCUAAUUGGUACGAACGGCGCAUCGUUGGCCAUUAAGGUUCUGUCGAAAGUUCGUAUCGAAGACGUAACGAUUGCAAUCUACGAUCGAGAUUUAUCGAAACCGAGCGAUGUUCAAAAAGUUAAAGAGAGCGCAAAAUUGGGUCGUGAUUUGGAUGCGGAUGCUCAUAAUAAGAUGGAAAUCAAAUUUGUGGUAAAAGAGGCCAAGUCAGGGAAUGCAGUCACCGUGCACCAAGCGUUCGUUGCGUUCGUUCACUCCGUCACCAAACAAGAAAUCAUCUUUGUUGCCACUCCAGAUCGUUCGAAUGCGUACACUUUCGAUGUGAAUUUCGAGAAAUCUGCAAAGGACUUCGAUGGAGUGUCGGGCAAGUAUGCUGUUCGUCUUAUUAUCGGAGAUGCGGCUAUCGCGAACGCAUUCGACUGGAAUUUGGUUGAUGUAAACCUUAAAUUGCCAGUUGUUCCACCACCGAAAGUGAAGAAUUCCGAGAAGAUAAACUACGAGAAAUUGCCUGAGAUCAAGCACAUGUUCCGUGAACCAGAGAAACGUCCAUCUCAAAUCCUGUCCGAUGCUUUCACUGUACUCUGCGUUUUGCCUAUCCUCGUACUGCUCAUUUUGGGAAAGUUUCGCUUUAUGCGUCUUCCUAGUAUUUUCGGAUUGUAUUUCGUAUUUUGGUUGCGAUUGAACAUGUUCGAAACACUGAAGUAUUUGUCAGCAAUUGGUGCGUUCACGUUCCUGGCGGGUAAUCGACUUUUGAGAGCGGUUGCACAAAAGAGAAAGGAAAAGAGCGAAUGA